AUGGCCACCGCGUUAGCCUCCGGCCCUUCUUCCAGCUCCAACACCAAACGCAACCCCCCGCCGACGCUCUUCCAAGCCCCAACCAACUCCUCAUCCACCUCCCUUGCUCCUCCAUCCAGCACCAGCACGACUCAGCGUGUGUCCCUCCUCCGAUCACACUCUGCUCGCAGCGGAAUCGAGGUUCCAACCUUGACCCGCAGCCAGACCCAGAACCCAGUGCCACCGCCAGCAGGGCAAGCAGAGGAUAACCGUGUGGAUGCGCUAUGGGCGAAUAUGCAACUUACUCUCGAGGAGGUGGAGCUCAGUGCUCUAGGUUCCACGCAUGUGUUUGGAACUGCGCAUAAUGCAGCGUUGGAGGAAUUGAGGGACGCGCAGAUUGCUUUAGCACGGGCAUGGGGCAAAGGCGAGGCUGAUGAAGACCUUGAGAUUGCCGAUAUACCGGGAGCCGUUGACGAUGAGGCACAGAAUGGGGAGUCGAGCAAGGGAGAUAGUGAACAAGGUGAAGAUGAAGGGGAGAUCGCCGAAGCCAGACGAAGGAGAGAAGCGAAUGAGAAAUUCUUUCAAAGGGUCGGAGAUGGCGUGUCAGACGUUGUUGGCAAAUUAGAUGCUGUGUCUGCUGCAAUGGCGAAGGUUGAGAAGGAGAGCAGAGAAAUUUGGGACGAGAAGGAUAGUAUUGAUGGGUCGAGUAUUGUUUGCUGA